GUGCUCCUCCCCGCGGCCCCCCGGCGUCUAGGCUCGCCCGCGCUCGCCGAGCCUCUCGCGGCGGCUGCCGUGCGGCCUCAGCGUCGCUUCCGGUAGUUACCCGACCGCCGGCCAUGGCCGCCGCGGGGGGCGCCCGGCUCCUGCGCGCCGCCUCCGUGGCCCUGGGCGGCGCGGCCUAUCGUUGGCUGCUCCACGCCAGACCCCGCGCGGGAGCCGGCUGCCUCGCGGGGCUCGGGGGGCCAGGGGGGCCGGGGGGGCCGGGCCGGGGCGGCGGCGCGCUGGCGCCCCGGACGCUGAGCGUGUCGGCGCCGGCGCGGAGCAGCUCAGAAGAUAAAAUAACAGUCCACUUUGUAAACCGUGAUGGGGAGACGUUGACAGCCAAAGGGAAAGUCGGUGACUCUCUACUAGAUGUUGUGGUUGAGAAUAACCUAGAUAUUGAUGGCUUUGGUGCAUGUGAAGGAACCUUGGCCUGCUCUACGUGUCACCUCAUCUUUGAAGACCACAUAUUUGAGAAGUUAGAUGCUGUCACCGAUGAGGAGAAUGACAUGCUCGAUCUGGCAUACGGGCUAACGGAUAGAUCUCGGUUGGGCUGCCAAAUCUGUUUGACAAAGUCUAUGGACAAUAUGACCGUUCGAGUACCUGACGUGGUGGCCGAUGCCAGGCAAUCCAUUGAUGUGGGCAAGAACUCCUAAGCUAGAAUAAAUUGGAAUAUUUUCACAAAA